GGGUGCGGCUCCAUUUCCACAUAAGCUGCGCACAUCAGCUUAACUCUUAGUAGAUUUUCAAAAGAUUUUGGUGGUGGGGUUUCCUUAAAUUCUUGUAUAGCUUGAAAAUCACACACAAACACCCACUUCUGAGUGUGUGUGUGUGUGUGUGUAUAGAUAUAGAUUCUAAUAUCGGGUUCCAACAAAGGAAGCUUCUUGUCUUGGUGGUGAACUCCAAUAUUACUUAAAGAUGUUUCCUUUACAAAGUAACUUGAUAGUGUUUGAGGAUGUCCCUUUAUUUCUUGAUCAAGAUAAAAUCCUGGAAGAUCUGCUUGCAGAUUGUGCUGUUCUUGAGGGCAAUGAAAAUACUGCUGAUCAGGGUGUGAAAAAGAGGCAAAGAAAAGCAUCGUCUGCAGCUGGAAUUCAAGAGAACAAGGAUGAGAGUAGCAACGAGACCAAGAAAAUUAUGCAUAGAGAUGUAGAAAGGCAGAGAAGGCAAGAAAUGUCGGGUCUGUACGCGUCGAUUCGAUCCCUUCUUCCUCUUGAAUAUGUCAAGGGAAAGCGCGCUAUCUCCGAUCACUUGGACCAGGCGGUGAAUUACAUAAAACAUAUGCAAAAGAAACUCGAAGAAAUGAAGAUGAGGAGAGACAAGUUGAAGAACCUGUCUAAUUCAUCAGCCCCUAAUGUUGAUGCUGAGGAUCGGGGCUCAAGUACAACUACUUCGUCAAAUUGUCUGAAGGUGAAACUUUGCUGGGACGGAGUGGAGAUCUUAAUCUGCAGUAGCCUGGAUGAGGGAGAUUUCCCCCUUUCAAAAGUUCUUGCAGAUUUACUCGGAAGAGGGCUCGAUGUAAUUAGCUGUAUUUCUACCCGAGUCGAUGGACAGUCCCUCCACAAAAUUCAACUUCAGGUGAAUGAUCCGACAAGCAUUGAUCUGUCCAAGCUUCAAGACAGACUGUCUGAUGUGAUCGAGCAAGCUCAAUCAGCAAGAGGAAGAUCAAGAUACCAGGAAAGCUCGAACUGAUCUCGAAUUUCUAGAUAUCUAAAAUUGUUCCUUUUUAGUUUCAUGCAUCUUUAACCCGUUGAUCUGGAAAUUGAAGUGCAAUCACUUGAAUUUUAACAUUUCAUCUUUCCUGGUUUCAUUCUUUCCUUUUUUCCCUCCACAUCUCUCUUGUCAUUGUCCGAAUGGUUUAAAAAUUUAACCUUGUUGGUCUCGACUCUCGAAAGAUUAGAUGUUUACUGUUGUUCAAAUCUUGUAAUGGAGAUGCCAUUUUCAUGCAGUUCAGAUUUUGUAUAUGAAGUUUCACUGUAAGUGAGUUUUAAGUCAUGAUGAGACUAUUGCAAUCUCACCUCAUGGUACUGAUCACUGUUCUCAAAACCUUGAUGCUUCUGUCUGAGUAUGAUUACAUGGCGAGUGAAGUCUGGUCUCAGUUAUCCACAAUACAUCACUGAGACGGACAAUACGUGUAAAAAUAAAACACGGUAACAAAAUUCCUGUCUCUUGCAUCAUAACUUAUCUUGAAUUGUUCAGACGAUGCUGCCUCAUCUCAGUGUGAAAAGUUGGCAACUUCUUUGUUCAGUGCUAUUUGACAUUGCUCCCCCCAGCUCUUCUUUCUUAGUCAUCCAUGAAUUAUAUAUAGGUCUAACAUUGUUUGAGGUGUAGAUGAUCUUUGUUCUUGCUGUUCCGGGUAAUGCUAAAGCUGCAAGCUUUCUGUAGUGUGAAAUAAACUUGCAGAGGAGAUUACUAGUCCUGUACAAGAGUGGCUUAGAUGCAUUUUUGGUCUCGCAAUUUAGAUCAUUUGGCGUUUUCAUUUUUUAAUUUCUAGGUUAGCAUUUUGAUCUACAUCUUUUUAAUUUUCGUAAUUUUGGUCGUUUUUUCGAGUUCACCCUUCUGGUCAGAAAAAUACAUGUGUCUCUCACAUUAUAUUUCGAAUUGGGGCUUUUGUUCGUAUUGGCCAAUUUUUGUCUUUUAAUUUUCUAAAGUAUCAUUUUGAUUUUGCAUUUUUUAAGUUUUUACGAUUUCAGUCAUUUUUUCAUCGGAGUUCAUCCUUUUUGCCGGUGAAAGUAAAUUCCAGAGAAUAAAAAAACUGAAAUCACAAAAAUUAAAUAGAUGCAGGAUGAAAUGCCAAACAAGCUAAGUUAGGGGGACAAAAAAAUACAUUAAUUCUGUCCACAAGAGUUAUUCAAUUCCGCACUCACUUGAAGUUUAUUAGCAAGUAUUCUUUAUUUUCAUUUGUGAAUUCUGUUGAAAUCUAUUGCUGAUGAUAGAUACAUUGGGAAGAAAUGCAUAGGAAGUGAAGAAAGAAUUACAUAUAAUUAUUGUAAUGUGUUUUGGCGAUUGAAUGGCUGAAGAUGAUUUUGGAGGUUGGAAAGCAAGAAGAAUGAAAAAGAUGAAGAGUCUGCGUAUGAAAAUUUCCAAUAAUUUUGACAGCGAGUCUAACUUAUUUUGGAUACACGGAGAGUCUAUUGUCGUAUAUAGCUUUAUCGCAUAUUUAGUCCUGUAUUUAUAGUUAUUUGGUCUUUUAGUCUUUGAAAUUGUUAGGGUUGGUUUUUUCUUUUUCUACAUUUGCCUCG